CCAGCCCUUCUUGCUGUUUAAUAAAUGGACUGCAGAGUUACUUGAUUUUGAUUUCUCUUUAGAAGAAUAUACAUUUGUGAGGACUGAAGUGUCAUUCUAAAGCCAUUUUAAAAAUCAUGACAAGCUCAAUUGGACAGAAAAAAGGGUCUUCAAGGCAACGGAAGUGUGGUUUUUGUAGGUCUAAUAAAGAUAAUGAAUGUGGACAAUUAUUGAUGUCUGAAAACCAGAAGGUGGCAGCACAUCACAAAUGUAUGCUAUUUUCGUCUGCAUUGGUAUCUUCACACUCUGAUAAUGAGAGUCUUGGUGGAUUUUCUAUUGAAGAUGUUCAAAAGGAAAUAAAAAGAGGCACUAAACUGAUGUGCUCUUUAUGCCAUUGUCCAGGAGCAACCAUUGGUUGUGAUGUGAAAACGUGUCACAAGACAUAUCACUACUACUGUGCAUUGCAUGAUAAAGCUCAAAUAAGAGAGAAACCCUCACAAGGCAUUUACAUGAUUUUAUGCCGAAAACACAAGAAAACAACACGUAACUCUGAAGUUCAAGCUGACAUGAGAAGUUGGAAACACCCAACCAUCAGAUGCCAGGGAAACAGGAGAUCAACCUUCAGGAAAGGGACACACAGUGUGUGGAUUUCAGUGAAUUCUGAACUUUGUUGGAGAUACUGGUUUUGGGGCAGAAAGGGCUGUUCUUUGAAGAAAACUGAGGAUUCCUCUGAUUUAGAAGAAGGUGUCAAUGAACACGAAUUGGAGCCUUCACCUCCCAAAGGAAAAAAGAGGGGUCGGAAGGGAAAGCCAAGAAAAACAAAUCUCAAAGGGCAGUCAGAAGACACUAGAUCUACAUCCUCACAUGGCACAGAUGAAAUAGAAAGCAGUUCCUAUAGAGACAGGUCUCCCCACAGAAGCAGUCCCAGUGAUACAAAACCUAAAUGUGGAUUCUGUCAUGCAGGUGAAGAAGAAAAUGAAGCUAGAGGAAAGCUUCAUAUAUUUAAUGCCAAAAAGGCAGCAGCACAUUAUAAGUGCAUGUUGUUCUCUUCUGGCACUGUCCAGCUAACAACAACAUCAAGGGCAGAGUUUGGUGAUUUUGAUAUUAAAACUGUACUUCAGGAGAUCAAGAGAGGAAAAAGAAUGAAAUGCACUCUGUGCAGUCAGCCUGGGGCUACUAUUGGAUGUGAAAUUAAAGCCUGUAUCAAGACUUACCAUUACCACUGUGGCGUACAAGACAAAGCUAAAUAUAUUGAGAAUAUGUCUCGAGGAAUUUACAAACUCUAUUGUAAAAACCAUAGUGGAAACGAUGAAAGGGAUGAAGAGGAUGAAGAAAGAGAAAGCAAAAGUCGUGGGAAAUCAGGCUCUGACCAUAGCAGCAUUCCUCAGCAACAACUCAAUGGAAACUAGGUUCAAGGGACAGAGUUAGAGAACGGGGAAUGAAUAAGACAUCCAUAACUACUAAUACUUUUUAAUUGUUUUCUAAGAUCAGAAAGGGUUAGUAACUUUUUAUGACCCAAUUCUGUUAGAAAUUUCAUUGAACUGCCUGAAACGUUCAUGUGUGUGAGCCUUCAAUAAGUGGCAGAGUUUUACAUGUCAAUAUUAUGUAGUUUGUAGUCUGCAGUGUCUGGAAACAAAUGAAACACUAUAUAAAUGAUAUGUAAUAUGUACAGUGUCAAAAGUUAAGGCAGACAUUGAAAUGAAGUAAGCUCUAUAUUUCUGGACUGAAUAAAAAUCUAAGAUUUGGAAUGUGUAAGUUGUUUAGUGGAUUCAUGCACCAAGGGAAGGUCUUAGUAAGAUUAAUUCACAACAUGGACAGACAAGUCCAUGGUGGCAACAAUCUGGUAACUCAUGAAUUUUGCAUUUUCUUUAUAUAAAAAUAUGGAGGAUAAAUGUGUGUGGGGCGGGGAGGGAAUCGCUCUCUGUUUUUGCUUGCCAAGCACACAGUAGAAAAAGAACACAGAGCAUGCAGAAGCAUGCUUGAAACUUUCAGUUUGUUCCUGUUGUGAUUGUUCCUACUGCCCAGCAUUCCUUGCCGGAGAUUUACUUGAGCAGUUGUUGGUUGCAAGCUUCAGUACUCAUGCCAAAGGGCUGUAAGUUUUGUUCUUUCCCCAACAGUCCACCUCCUCUAUAUUCCUAAAGUACCAGGAACCUCUCAGUAAGUGUGACUCAAACUAACUUUUGGAAGCUGCAACCCAACUUCUUAGAUUUCGAAGAGUUACUACUUUAACUUCUGUGGAAUUUAGCCACCUUAUCUGACAUCCAUACCUCAAGCACUCUGUGUUGCGUGGAACACUUCACGUUUUGUCCAAAAUACAUAUACAGGUUUCACAUGCUGUAAGGAGGAGGAAUCAACUUUUUUUUUUAAGAUCAGUAUUUAUUUUGAAUCUUGUGACCACUAUAUAAGAUUUUCUUACCAUUCUUAAUGCUUUUAGCAUUUGAUUGAUUUUUCUUGUCAAAUCAACAAUCAUGCCAUGGCAUUUCAUAUACCUGGAGGUCAAUGUUCCAUUAGAAUAAUCAGGUUUAGAUUAUACCAAAUCUAACAGCUCAGUUCCCUAACUUUUUUAAUAUAGGUCUGGCAUGUCUAAUUGCUAAUAAAUAGCAUCUUCUGCUGGUCCUAUUGAAGCACAUUAGCAGAUUCAUUUAAAAUAAAACCAAAAACUUAAUAAGUAAGUCUGUCUAAUAGAUCCAGGGCAUCUCAUUGCUUAGGAGGGGUUCUGACUCUUUCUGAAUACCCAAUAAACCAUUUAGAUUUGAAGUAAAGCAGCAAGCAAGAUACUCUGACAAUUUGACUAAAAACAGUGAAGGUUCAUCUGCAGUUGAUAUUAAGAAGCAGUUCAUUUGUAACAAGUUUCUGUAGCAUUUUUACUUGUAUUUUUAAAAGAAUUAACAUGUCAUUGUCUUUUCAUGUGUUUCCUUAAUGUUUCAAGGGACUCAACUGUUGUAUAUUAAAUUUCUAACAUUUUACCAUGUUAGAAUUCAAUCUGUUUUGGGGAAAAUGCAGUUUUUAGUAUAAAUAUUACUGUGUACAGAAAAAACUCAGUUACUGCUCUAAACAUGCCAUUGAUCAUUCUUAUUUUGUAUUUGUAACUUUCAAAAUUAAAGGCAUGACUUGAAUUGCAAUGACAGAUUGAUUGAGAUUGUUUACCAAGGUGUUUGCUUUUUUCUAGAAUAUGAACAUUUUUCAGCUACACAGAACAGUUUCAGAAUGCAAAAUGUCUGUCACACUGCCUAGAUUAGGUUCUAGAUUGUGUGCCUCAGACAUGGCCUUCCCCUGGAAUAAAGGCACUUUAAUGUUUGCAACUACUGUAUUUUUGGUUAAGGAAGGAUGAAAGGUACAAUGCGGUAGAUUUGCCAAUAUAAUCAUUGUAUUUUUCACUAAAUUCUAAUCCACAUUGUGUCAAUUGCUGGAUUUAAUAGUCUCAUAAUUCAUUAUGGGUAAAAUCAUUUUUCUCCACAUGCCACUAGCAACCAUAACAACACUCUUUACCUUUGAGUAGCAGAAGAGCAAGUGGCUGGCUACCUGUUGAGGCUGACUAAACUAUCAUUAAUUCAGAACUCAUGAAAACUAAGUCAAUACCGAAAGUGAUUUUUGUUAUAUGCCUCAAAUUCAUGUUAUAAUUUACUUCUUGUCAUGUAUGCUGGGUAAAAGUGCCUUACAGUGUAAAAAUUGUAUUUAUAUGUUCCCAAGUAGUAUCACUUGCUGAGGAGUAAUUCUGUCAUGGUGUUAAUAUUUAGAAGAAAUGUACCUCAGCAGUGUAUUGACUGUACAUCUCCCAUGUCUUUAACUGUGGUUUUAAUAAGCAUGAAAAUGUAUGAGAGGUAUACAACAUUUACAUCAUUUUUUAAAGACUAAAUACUGCCCUUACUGUCAUUUUAUGUGCAUUUUAGCUUGAAAUUUUGGACAGUGUCUUUUUUUUGUAAAGCAAUGUAACCUUUGCAAGCAUAUACUGAAGAUUAUUCUGCAGCGUUUACUGCCUUCCCAGAAGUUAGAAGUAACGAACGUGCUUUAUAAGUAAAAUAGAUUUGUUUAAAUUAACUAGCUAAAUUAAUAAGGUUUAUUUGUUCCUGGCAUUUUUUUUUCAAAUAGGCAGCUUUUGCUUUCAUCUCACGAUCAGAAAACAACCUCGAAUUUAAGAAAACUUGUUUUAUGAAACUGAUUUAACUGAAUUUAGUUACUUUCGGCCUUUUUGGCAUUUCUUGCUCAAGAGUAGUGUGUCUCUGUUCAAGAGACUCAUGGAGGACUUUUUUCCCCCCACAAAAUAAUAUAUUAAAUAGUUUCAUCAUAUCAGCAAAGGGCUUGCCUUUAAAAAGAUCCCUUCUACUGCUCUUUUCCCAGGAGAGCUGGCAGGAUCUGUCUACCUGAGCAGUUAUAGGGUACUGGCAGCUGGGGGAGGAAGGGCUCUAGAAGGCUAUUGGCAAAAUUCCCAGAGACUCUGGUUUAUACGCUUUUGAAGAGGUUCCAGGUGGUGGCACAAAGUGGCCACAAAUUUAUUUGUGAGGGAAGCUAUAAAGGAUCAACCUAGCAUCAGUGUGGCACUGGCUGGAAAGGGGACAUGGACAUUGUGGUUAAAGGGUUCACUCAUUCAGCAGGUGUUUGCCAACAGAAGAACCUGUUCCAAGAGCCCUGGUGGGAGUUCCACCUGCCAAAACCCAUGGAGGGCAGCAGUGAAUGCACCAUUUACACUCCACAAAGAUGAAUCUCCCUUCUGUACAAGGACUUUGCUAGUUUAGGGAGGCAUAAUUACACCUCCAUGUGCUAGCUUUGCUGAAUUUGGACCUAAGUCUCACCUUCUAGUACAGUGGUUCUCAACCUUUCCAGACUAGUGCCCCCUUUCAGGAGGCUGAUUUGUCUUGCAUAGCCUAAG